AGGCUUUGAUCUAUCAAAUCCAUCCAUUAGAGAGCGAAAUCGGAGGGGAUAUGGAGCCUUCCCAACCUUGUUGGCUCCCACCUCUUGUAUCUUCAUCUCCAUAGUGGAUUGCUUGCUCGUCGCCGCUCGUUGUUUUUUUACAAAGGGUUUUCACGUAAAUCCUUGUGUCUACCUGUGAUUCAAUAUUUAUCUUGCUAUACUUAUUGAUUUGUUGUUAUCUUGCUUGCUAUUGAUGUCAUAUUGUUCAAGUUCAUGGUGUAUGGAUAAGAUUGGCAUAUGAUGCAUGCAUGGGUUCUUUGAUAUGUUGAUGAUGGGGAUUGAUGUGUUAGUAAGCUAAUCUCUUCAAGUAUGUUUCUAUUUGAAAAGUUUGGACAACACCAUAUUUGAUGAAUUGAAAUUAUGGGACAGUUUUGAUAUAUGCACAUAAAGUGUUCGGUGAAAUGCUUGUGAGUAAUUAGCUUGCUAAUAAUCUCGACGCUUCCGCUGCCCUCUGCGCUCACAAGACGUUUGUAGUUUUAUCCUAAGUCAGACUUCUCUAACUUUGACUAAACAAAUUUAUAGAGAAUAUAUCACCAAAUAAAUGUAUUAUCAAGACAUAUUCCAUGGGAACAAAUCUACUGUUGUAGAUUUUGGUACAUUUUUCUAUUAACUUUAUCAAAAUUUAAUUUCAUGACAGAUGGAGGAUGAAAUAAAACUACUAUCGCUGGGGCCCUAGGAUGAGAAACACCUGCCAUCAAUCUUUGGUUGUUCUCUCUAUCUUUUAUACUUGUUGAAUUUAGUUGGCUUGUAAAUUUAUGAAGUUUCUCUUGCAUGUUUACUUGAUCAUGAUGCGCACAAGUACGAUCUAUCAAAUGGCAAAGGAUGGCUGGUACAUUUUACCCUUAAUGAGUUUUUUGUUUUGAAAAAUAUGAUUCAAUUUGAGUAAAUAUAUCAGUAACACAUAAGUAUUUAAAAAGAUUGAUAAGAUAUGUACCUUUUCUAGAUUAUGGGCCAUUUUAGCUUUUGUAGAUAAUUUGGAACGAAGGGAAUAGAUGUUACUAGAAGCACCAUGAAAAGUAUUAUGAAUCAUCAUAAUUUUUUGUUGGGGUUGAUGCUCAAAUCUUCACCUACUAGACCAUAUCAAUAUUCUAAACAACCUAUAUGAAUCGGUGGGAGUAUGUGACAGGGAGAGUUAACAAUUUUUUUCAUGACAGUUGGAAGAAAAAUCUGAUAUAGCUGGUGGUGUACCAAGCUUGCUAGGUAUGAAUUAUGGUUAUUAUCAUGGGUUCAUGCAUGCCUUUUUCCAAUGAACCAAGUAUGUAACUUAUUUGCAUGGACUCAUGUUAGUAUGCUAUAUGCUUCAGACUUGUUACCGAUGCAAGCUGGAGGACAUGGUCAAAGAAAAUGUCGCAAGAAAAGAACAUCUUGGACGGCUGGUUUGCUUAAACCAUUACAAAGUAGGGGCAAGAAGGUUCCGACUAGAGAAAAGAACAAGCAUUGGACACCUCUUGAAGUGAACAAGCUGGUGAAAGGCGUGUCAGAAUAUGGAGUUGGAAAAUGGACUAUGGUGAAGAAAUCUUAUUUUAAAAGAUCAUUUAGAAAUCCACCGCAACUAAAGGAUAAAUGGAGAGACUUGCUAAGAGUUUGCGGGAUCCAAGUUGGCUCUAAACAGAAGGUACAAGCACAUAAAACUACCCUGAGGAUUGUACAAGGAUUGAAAGAUGAGGUCAUAAGCUUACACAGGAAGCAUGGUUCUUGAUCAGGAAACAAAGGAGAGCAUCUAGAUGAUUGCAACACUUUUGAUGGGCACCAGAAUCUGUUCGGACACUACAUCUUUUGGUAUUAGUAGUGGUGCAGUUAACUCAUCUUUUGUUUACUCUCCCUGACACGUGCAGCCUCAUCAGUAAUGUAAAUAUAUGAUUAGGUGAUCAGUUGAACGAUUCGAGCUUUAUCAGGUUUGCUUUGGAAAUGAGUCUUAUUAUAUAGUA